UUGAUCCAAAGAAGAGGAGACUUUGGAAAACCAGUUGAAAGUUUUUACAGAUCUUGGGAAGAAUACAAAAAUGGUUUUGGAAACUUAACCAAGGAGUUUUGGUUAGGAAAUGACGUCAUCUUUGCGUUGACCAAUCAAAACAAUAUGGUGCUCCGUGUUGAUUUGGAAGACUUUGAAGGAGGUCGAAGAUAUGCAGAGCAUGACGAGUUCUUGGUACGAAGUGAAAGAGAACUUUAUAAAAUGAGUUUCAAGACGUACAAGGGUGACGCGGGAAAUUCCCUUAGUGGUCACAACAACAUGAUGUUCAGCACCAAGGAUAAAGACAACGAUAAAAACAGUGGCAGUUGUGGUCAAAGUUAUAAGGGCGGAUGGUGGUAUAAUAAUUGUCACAGUUCUAACCUAAACGGUAUGUAUUACACAGAAGAUAAAGUAGACCCCACCGGUAUUACUUGGCAUCAGUGGAAAAAGGAACACAACACACUAAAGACAAGCGAGAUGAAAAUAAGACCCGUGGAUUUUAUUAUUGGUGAAUAA